UUAUUAAAAUUUUGUUUCGGACUGUGCUUCAAAUUGUAAAGUAAUUUCUGUUAAAAAUGCUUAAUAAAUAAAAUUUAAGUUAAAAUUGUUCCUAAUUUUGUAAUCAAGUGUGACUUAAAUAUUAAGUGUCCGAAAAAAUGCGUCGUCGUGCGGGGUUAGGUGCUAUACAACAACAACAGUUGGCUGCUGAAAAAUAUAAGGAUAAGGGCACUGAUUUGCAGGAGUCGCAAUUGGAGCAAAUGACUAAACAAAUGGAAGUAUUUAAAGUAAAAUUGGAAGAAUUUGCUAUGAAACAUAAACAGGAUAUACGAAAAAAUGCACAGUUCCGUAAACAAUUCCAAGAUAUGUGUGCAGCGAUUGGUGUCGAUCCGUUGGCUACUGGCAAAGGAUUUUGGAGUGUUUUGGGCAUGGGUGAUUUUUAUUAUGAGUUAGGUGUGCAGGUGGUAGAAGUGUGUUUAGCAGCUAAUCAUAAAACAGGUGGACUUAUGGAACUCAAUGAAUUACGUAGACGAUUGAUAUCAGCUCGUGGCCAAAGUGUUACACAUCAAGAAAUUACUGAUGAAGAUAUAUUAAUAGCAGCAAAGAAACUUAGUAUUUUUGGAAAUGGAUUUGUAGUGCAUAAGGUUGGUAAAGGAAAGUACAUGGUUCAGUCAAUACCAGGUGAACUAAGUAUGGAGGAGACAACCAUACUUACAAAUGCGUCUAAUACAGAACAAGGCUGCAUUACAGAGAGUAUGUUAGUUGAACAAUUAGGUUGGAGCGAAUUUCGUGCAAAACAAUCACUAGAGAAAGUUGUAGGUGAAGGUAUGUGUUGGAUUGAUACUCAAGAUACUGAAACAAGUUAUUGGUUUCCAAGUUUAUUUCCUGGUAGAACAGCGCAAACUGCUUAAAAUAAGUUUUAAGUUAAAACAUAAAUAGAAUAAAUUUUACAAAGAAAUAUAUUUUGU